GUGUUACCAGAUGUGGCAGAAGAUACAGUCUCACCAACUAGAGCUCGGACCAUGAAGGACUAUGAAAAUCAAAUCACUGAUCUGAAAAAAGAAAACUUCAACCUGAAGCUUCGUAUAUACUUUCUGGAGGAACGAAUGCAGCAGAAGUUUGAUGGUCCCACUGAAGAAAUAUACAAAUUUAACAUUGAGCUGAAAGUUGAGAUAGAAAGCUUGAAGCGUGAUCUGCAGGAGAGAGAGAAACUGCUCAUCAAAGCCUCUAAGGCAGUUGAAAGCUUGGCCCAGGGUGGUGAUGCCGAAAUACAGCGUGUGAAAGAAGAGGCUCAAAAGAAGAUGAAAGAAAUGGAAGAAAUCCUGACUAGCAGAAUAAACUUUCUGGAAGAGAAUCUUAAAGCUGCCCAAGAAGAUGUGGAAAAAGCUGCUGUAAUGACAGAGAAGGAGAAAGCUUUGAGAAUAGCUGCUGAGCAGAAACUUUCUUCAAUUAUGAAUGCCUCUGCAAAGGAUCUGGAUAUGAUUACAGGAGCUGAGAAAGACAGAUUUAUAGAGCAACUGAAUCUGUCACUGGAAAGUAAAGAAGCUAUUAUUCAACACCUUGAAGAGGAAAAGUCUCAGAGUGGAUCUUAUGAUGGGAACUUAUCAGCAGAAAAAAUCAGAGAACUUACCAUUGCUUUGAGGCAUGAAAAAGAUAGGGAGAUAGAGGCUAUUAGAAUGGAGCUUAAAAAUGAGAGAAAUUCCUUUGAAAAAAAAAUUCAGUUACUUCAAGAAGAGCUACAAGAGAGAGAAAAUGAGCUUGCUGUUGAAAAGAAGAAUGGUUUGAAAAGGGAUAAAACCAUUCAAGGGCUAACUGUUGCAUUAAAAGCAAAGGAAAAAGAGAAUGAGGAGCUUUGUUCUGAAAUUGAAGAUCUAAAUGCUUCGUUGGCUAAGGCAAGAGAGGCAACUCACAAAGCACACAUCCAAAAAUUCAAGGGUGCUGAGGAUUAUCAAGCUCUCUUGAUGGAAAAAGAGACCCUCUUAGCAGAGCUGCGUUCAGAAAACCUUACAAAGGAUGCUGAGAAUCGUAAACUACAAAGGAGGAUUAAAAGGACCGAUCAAGAGCUAAAUGAUUUGAAUUUAGAAAGAGAGAAAAUGGAGAAGGAGCUGGAUGAAGCACAACUACAGAAGAGCAGAA